AUUUUCGCAUAAAAAAUGGGUAAAUAUUGCUUUCUUGCCUUGUUUACUAUAAAUUGAUGGGUGGGGACUUAGAAACCGACGUCACCAGCCUAACCGGGUAUGUCUUGUACGCUGAAUACAUCGCCAUCGCCAGCGCGCCGAAUCAAACGUGUACAAAUUUCCCACCACGGCCGGCCAUAUCGUGUAAACAGCUCAGCCGACCGUACGGUUUGCGUGCGUAAGAUCCGCGUCGAAUGCCGGUACCGUCGUAGAUUCGUAUCUGCUGCAUCGUCAAACAGCUGGACAUGAAAGGUACACUGAACUAGCUGUAACGUAUUUUUUGACGUUAAAGAGAGAAAAUUAGAGCGUGUCAGUUUGGUUUGACAAGACCAAGUAGCUCUUGCUAAAUGGGGGAUUUCGGUUUGGAUGUUCAUCCACACGAUACGAGGGCCCUCUCACCGCUGGAAUUGUACCCGAAUUCGAGCACUGUGUCUUUGUUUUCUCCCGAGGCGCUAACGAUGCAAGAUGACAUGCUGAUGGAGAAAAGUGCGAACAAGCAGCACCUUCAGCAGUUAUCCCCCAACCCAGAUCUCAGCUCCGACAACUCGGACGACUUGUCGCCUGGCUCAAAGUCAAAAUCGGGGGAUUCCAGUCCGCUAACUGUACCAGAUAAGAACAAAGCGCAGUCUGAGGUAGUUCCCACAUCGGCGCCGGCUACAGCAGCAGUUGGGCUUUUGCAGCUGCAGCAGCAGAUUGGGUACUACGCACAGGCCCAGGUCCAUGCACAGGCACAUGCACAUCAACAACAGCAGCAGCAGCAGCAGCAGCAUCAGCAGCAGCAACAACAGUUUAUCCAAGACGUGAACCCCAGCAACUACAUCAACAACGUUGCUAGCUCUGGCACCAGCACAGUUAACUCUGUUGCAAGUUCAAGUGGUUUUACAAGCUCGCCUAAUCUCUGGUCAACUGCCACAGCUGCUGAAGAAUCCUAUUUCCAGGGGCUGCCAACCAUGAAUGGCACAAUGCAGUUUCAGAAUUUUCCCCGCAACUCAUCGCCGCUUUUUAGUCCCAAUGCCACAUUAUCCCCACAGCUCGGGAUGCAACAGCAGCAGGCUGUCCAGCAACGCCGUAGCCUACCACCUCACCAAGCACCGACACAGCAGCAAAACAUCUAUCAGACGGCAACCCAGCUGCAGCAGGCUCAAGCUCAGCUGCAGGCACAGGCUCAGGCUGGGAGUCUUUACCUCCAAAAUAAGCAGUACCCGACCAACUGGAACUCGGCAGCUGCUCAACAAACAGCUGCUGCAACCUCGUGGCCAUCACCUCAGGCUCACCAGCAAGGCAUGCAGCCAUCUGUUCAGCAGCAGCAGCAGCAACAACAACAGGGGAACCCCUGGGGAACUGUGGGCUCUCCCCCAAGUGGCCCAGCUCCUACGAUGGCAAACAACAUUCAGCAGCAGCAGAGGCGUUCUAUGCCGACAGUCAAUCAAACCGGCAACCAGCCCUCAAUAUCACCCCACAAAGGCCGCAUUCUUUCCAACCCUAUCAUCUCGCCACCCAAGUUUCAGCGAAGCACAUCACUGCCUGCCAAGAACUACGGACACCAGUAUCCAUCAGGCAUGAACACAGCACCGAGUUUAGAAUUCACCAGAGCGGAUGGGAAGAGGACAGAUGCCAACACCAACACACUUUUUCCAUACCAGGAACGAGCUGGGCAGAAUGCAGGGGUUGACCCCAUGAAACUAUCAUCUCUAGAGCACCAACUGUUUGACAUCAUGCGUGGCACAGAAAACUCCAUGGACCACUACACUCGAAACUCAUAUGGAUUGCUGGACGACGGUCGGCAUGAUCAGAUCGUGCCCUCCCUCAGCUCGCCCGGUCAUAUUUCUCCCCGAUCGAAUCCAGACUACGGCAUUGAGAGGUUCUCCAGAAAAGUGUUUGUGGGUGGCUUGCCGCCAGAUAUUGACGAAGAGGAGAUUACAGCCAGUUUCCGGCGCUUUGGCAGUCUUGUAGUUGACUGGCCCCACAAAGCAGAAAGCAAGUCCUAUUUCCCACCCAAAGGUUAUGCAUUCCUCCUGUUCCAAGACGAACGGUCUGUGCAGGCACUGAUCGAGGCAUGCAUCAAGGAGGAAGACAAGCUCUAUCUCUGCGUCUCCAGUCCGACCAUUAAAGACAAACCCGUCCAAAUUCGUCCCUGGAACCUUGCAGACAGCGACUUUGUUUUGGAUGGUUCCCAGCCUCUGGACCCCAGGAAAACAAUAUUUGUAGGAGGCGUGCCCAGGCCCCUCCGAGCAAUUGAGCUGGCCAUGAUCAUGGAUCGUCUGUACGGCGGGGUGUGCUACGCCGGCAUCGACACAGAUCCCGAGUUGAAAUAUCCCAAGGGCGCUGGCCGCGUGGCUUUCUCCAAUCAGCAGAGCUACAUUGCCGCCAUCAGUGCUCGCUUCGUACAGCUCCAGCACGGCGAUAUUGACAAGAGGGUUGAGGUGAAACCGUACGUCCUCGACGAUCAGAUGUGCGACGAGUGCCAAGGGGUCCGCUGCGGCGGCAAGUUUGCCCCGUUCUUCUGCGCCAACGUGACCUGCCUUCAAUACUACUGUGACUUCUGCUGGGCUGCCAUCCACGCCCGGCCUGGACGUGAGUUCCACAAGCCCCUGGUCAAGGAAGGUGGGGACAGGCCCAGGUCCGUGCCGUUCCGCUGGUAAGUCACCCACAGGCCAGAAGGGGGAACCUCUCAAGUUGGAGUGCCGGGAAACAAAACAACAACCUUAAAUGUCAACGAGCUUGAGGUAAAAAUUAAAAAAAAAAAAUGCCGGUUUGCAUUGGUCUUACAAAAAAAAAAGUGUUUUUGUGUUUGUAGUGGAAAUGUGUCUAAACCUUUAAUUAUUUCAAAUGAACUAUUUUUGUAAUGUUAUAUUGUAUUAGUUUGAUUUCUGGUUCAGACAACUUUCCCCUAUGUGGCACAAACUCAUCAUUUUCAGAACUCAGUGGAGAGCUGUCAUUCUUUACAGCUUGAGGCUGCAUUGUUUUCAAGAAUAAGAAAACCGGGACGCGGUGAAUGUACACGUGCAUCGCCCAUCUCUGUCGUUGGAGAUCAAAUGCAGAUUUCAGAAAGACUUUGGCUUAGGAAAUAGACAUUGGAUUCUUCUGCUGUGUCUUCUUUAAAAAAAAAAUUAACAUUUGAUGUUCAACAUGUUAGUGUUUGGUAGGAAAACGUUCAUACAUUGUAGGUUGAGAAACUUUGAAUUAUAACUCUUAAAUUUGACCCGAUGCCUGUGCCAAGCCCGUUGGUAAGCUUGCAUUCAGUUUUCCAAGAUUUUAACCUUAAAUUUGAUGCCAAAAAAAGAAAACAUGUGUGCUGAUAGUUCAUGAAAUAUUGUUUGGAUUUAACAUUAACCUUGUUCUAACAUUUGACACACAAAAAAACCAGAUAUGAAAUACAACCACAGUCAAGACGUUGCCUUUGUUUAAAAAAAAAUGGCGCAUUUGUUUCAAAGAAUAAGAUUAGAAGUCAGUCUUCUUGUGGCUGAACUGAAAAUUAGACUUCUUUCCGAGUCAGCUCUGCUCCUUUCGCACCGAAACAGUUUUCGUGCUCUUAGUAUUUUUAAACAGUGACUCAGUGAAGAAAGAGUGGAUUCAACACAGACAAAUUGUGCCUGCUUAUUAAAACGGAAGUUUCUAAUAUAGCUGAGCCACGUAAAAAAAAAAUGCUCUCGUCGUGAAAUUGUAUGCACGUUUUCAUACCGUUUUUCGGCAUACGUACAGUACAAUGUAUAUCCAGUUGUCUUUGUGAUGCCAAACUAUCUACAGAUACGAAAUGUGCUGUCAGUCUCUUUGAAACAGUUGUGUCCAGUAUGUGGCCGUGCUUGCUUUUGAUUAACAAAUAGACAAAACUUGUAGUCACAUAUGUGUAUAGACUUAGCAAGUCAGAGGGGUCGUUCGUGUGUAACGAACCCUUAUAAAAUCCACACAACAACAAAAAGAAAGAACAGUAGGCAAUUAAUGCUAACUCCAAGUUUAGACGAUUACUCAACGUUAAGAGCGCCAAAGGAAUCCUACUGUGCAAUGAAGAAUGCGACUCCCAAACUAACAUGCAUAUGUUAUGCAAUCUGUGUCUAUUAAACAAAAAAAUGUGUGCUAAAUAAUAACAGCCAAAUUGUGCACACAAAAAAAUACGAACUGUACUAGAUUUUUACAUUUGUAGAGUUUCUAGUUUAAUCUUCCACUUUUUCAGAUUUUUAUUGUUGAAAUUACUGUGCGGUUAUUGUACAUGUAUGAGUACUAGAGCAGUUUAUAUAAGCUGACGAUAUAAAUGCUGGCGGUACAGAAGUAUUUCAAGUGCUAAUAUAAAAAUCAACUUGGCAUGUGUGAACUUUAUAUUACAUAUUAUUUUUUAGAUUGAGCAAACGGGUCAUUCAUACACUUUUUUAUACGAAGCAGUUUUUCUUCUUUUUUUUUUUUAAUGGGAAACUAGUCUACCGUGGACAAUCCCAUAGGCGUGUCAAAUUAGCACAUGUGCAAUGUUUUCUCAUGUUUUUUUCGUGUGUUGCUGUGGUUUAAAAGCAAUUGCUGCGGCAAUCACCAAAAAAACAUACAUGUCCAUUACAUGUAUAUGUGACACUGAAAUAACAUCCGUUUUGUUAAAUUUUGAAUGGAAAUUUUACGUUAAAAGUUGGUUUUUAACUUCACUGGUUUAUAUGAACCAGAAUUUAAUUUUAGAACCCGAGUCACAUAAUUUAUGUGUAAACAUCCGGAUCUUAUAUUAUGUAUUUUUCCAAUUUCUGAAUUUCCUUCCACUAUGUGUAGUAAUUUCUACACACAUUCUUAAAUACUAGACAUGUACCCUCUAUUUAUAUCUUAAGUGCAUGUAUUUUUUUUGUUACCAUUGCUGCAGAGGAGAAUAUUAUUAUGUAGAACCUGUAUUCUGCUUGCAGAUGUAUUCACUAGAUGUAAGUAUUUGUGAACCCGGUUUUGAAGUAAAACCGACUGAAAAAAACAGAACCUUAAUAUGAAUUGAUGGCGAUAGAUUGGUUGGUAGUCUAACUAAAUGGAUGUGUUUGCUUUGUUGAAUUCCAAGUAACAGUUAAGAAAACCGAAAAAAAAUUGACUACUGUCCAUACGACAAAAUAGAGAAGAGAAAAACGUUGUUUGUGUAAGUGAUAAAUUAUUAUAAGAUAAUAGAAGAAUUUUUUCAAUCUCAAUCAAUUCACAGUACAGUAUUUGUGCAAAGUUGCCUCUGUGUUUUGAAUCGACCAAGUGUACAUUGCUCAUUUAUUGCAUAUAUUUCUUGUUAACUUAUGAAGUCAAUUCCUUUUAAUUAACAAGAAUUUCUCCACUGUUUUAGUCGGUAGAAUUUUUUUCCCUUGUAAUAUGUACUGGACUAUUUAACAUUCAUGACCUGUUGUUGUUGGAGAAUUAUUAACGUCAUUAGACAGUGUAUUUGUGAUUGUUGAAAAAAAAAAAAAGCAGAGAAUUUAUGCAUUCGUGUUUGUAAGUCGGUUUGCAUAAUAAUCCUUGUGUCUUAAAAUAUUGGCUUUGAUGGGCAUUUGCCUAGUAUUACUAUACAGUUUUUCAAUUUUCACCAAGCAUUGAAAUUUACCAUUUAUCCACACAAAAUUUUUCCAUUUGUAAUUUAUUUAUGACGUAUGAAAAAAAACAAUUCUCAAAAUGGUUGAGACCUAGAAAAGAGUUGAAGUGCAUGUGUGACUGUAAAAACAUAAUGUGGGGAAACUUUUUAGAUUUUUUGCUUUUGUAUCUAUUCUUAGAAGCGUUUUUAAAAAAGAAAUGAAAAAUAUGAGCUUUAUAAAAAAAAAAAUCAUAUCGAAGGAGUUAAUAUUCAUUUUGGCCCAUUUCAUACUUCUGGGUGCAGUAUUUUUUACCGAGGAUUAUUACGAGAAAAAAAAUGCCAUGGAUGCCAUUUUCACUCUAGAAUUUUUUAUAAAAAUAAUAAUUUUUUCAUAUUUACAGGUAAUUAGUCAUUCUUUGAAAUCGUUUAUGUGCCUGUUUAAUAUUCAGGCCAAGCUGUCCGCACAGAUGUGCUAUAUUUUUGAGUUGCUGGGUUGGACAAACCCAAAAGCGGGAUUUGAUUCAUUUUUUUUUUCAUAUGUGUUACCUGAAAUUUGAUAGUAUGUUUUAUAAUUAUUUAUGAAUUUCUUGGCAAUCGGACUAAUUCAUAAAAAUGUGGUCAGUUUUAUUUUUUUGGUUAUCAUUAUGGAUAUUAAUGGUUGUUACUCUGCACUCUGUUUGGACACUGUUUGGACUUGACAUGUUUUUAUUUAUUAAUUUUUCUUUAAUCACCCAAGACAAAGGAGUAGCUAGGUUUGAACGUAGAUCUACUUCAUACAUGUAAUAUAUGUUUUUUUAGUUGUUUUGUUUUGGUUUUUUUGGGGACAGAUUUGUUAUUGAUUGGAAUGACUUUGGGAUUGUAUUCCAUUUUUAUACCUUUUGUUUGCCCUACGUGUGGUUUUUUUUAUUCAGCACCAUUUUGGCAUAUUUGUGUUCCUUCCCCGAUUUUUUAUCAACUUUGGAUUAUUUUUUUUUUAGGGAUGUUGUACUCGUACAGAUACAUGUAGAUUCAGUCAUGGUAGAUUACUGUCAGAUUAAUGGUGCUACAUUGUAUAUUAUCAACAAAAAAAAGAGGAUGUGCUUUGUGUGGAUAAAUUAGAAGAUCAUUAGUUGAAUAAGGACUGUGGUUUGUGGAUAUGGAGUCCUGGACAGGGCUUUAAAAAAAAAAAAAUCAUUUUUUUCCUGUGCAAUAUUUAAUUGAUUUUUUUUGUUGGUGUAAUCUGUAUUCAAUGCAUGAUGGCUCAAUAGACAGAUCGGUUGAAGCCUAACCCAUCUGACUUUAUUUUUUUAAUUUUUCGUACAAACAUUUUUAAACCAGUAGAAUUACAAGGAGGAAUUGUUGAUCCUUUUGCUAUUUUUUUUUUUUUUUUUUUUUUAGGUAGCUUUAAAAUCAAAAUACCUCAGCUCAUGAGUUUGGAGUUUGGAACCAACAACCCCUGUAGUUUGUGGUUCGUAGACAAGAAAGAAAGUUUAUUUUUCUGUUCAAUUUCUAACUUAAUUUAUUAUGCCUGUGCGAUCCUAUUUAAGUGCAAGGCACAGUUUGAUUUUGUAUUUAUUUAGUUUCCCGUCUUGAGAUCAGUUGUGUUCGUUUUAAGACUCUAAGAAACCAUCACUGGGCCUUCGUUGCAUCCUUGAAGAGCUAGAGUCUCUGCACUGCUUUACUGAAUGUAGUUGCGCAGAUUUUCAAAGAUGUGAAUCACAAUCUUUAUUAAAAACCAAAAAAAAAAAUCAAUCACAUUUCUCUUAUAACGUAGAAAAUAGAUAUCCUCAAUGUGAACUCGAAUGCUUUGCCAACACAGUGUUCAUCUAUUGUUCUGACUGUUUAAAAAGUUAAAAAGUUUUACAAACUGCAAAAAAAAAAUUCCCCUAUUUGCGUCACGUUCAAACAACUCGUAUGUGUUUUACAAUUUGCCUGCAUUUGUAAAAGAAAAAAAAUAUGACUGUUUAAUUGCCAAAAAUAUAGCAUUUUUGUAUUUCAAAAUUUGAAACGACACUUGUCAUAUUUAUUGUGAUUCGGAUAUUUGCAGUUUGUAUAAAUAAGUGAUCUGACAUGUUAGCACUUCUCGUGGGAGGGUACACAUCGAGUGCAUUAUGUUAUGCGCACAUUUAAAAAAAAAAUCUAACACAAAAUUGUAGUACCCUUAUGGGUUCCCCUCUGUAUAAUGACGCACACCUACCCUAAACGCUGUCAAUCCAUGCAAAAGAUGUAAUUUUGUGGGCUCUUAACUUCACCAAAGCACGUGUUAAUUAGCAAAAUGCUUCCUAGAGCCGUCAGUGCACAAAAUGUGUCCAAACUUAACUUUGUUCAUCCCCACAGACAGCACAGUUGCGGUGGUUGAAGUGCGUACAAAACAGCAUGGAAUCCCAUGUCCUGUCGUAUUGGUCUUACAGUCGUAUCUUGAAAGUCACAGCGGUUUUCCUGUGGACCAAGUACUAUUUGAUGGGUACAUUUUUUUUGUAUGUCCCCUCCAACUUGAUUAACAGUAAUUAUUUCACAGAGUGUUCACAAUUCUUAAUACAAUGCAAAAAACUUGCUUGGCCUUUUGUGUUAUUUAUAAAUCCCGUUUUUCCCUCCUUUAUAUACUGUUUGGUUGUUUUUUGGUAAAUUGUUCUUUUUUAGACUUGAUACAAGAUGUGGUUUUAAUCAAAUUGAUUAUAUUUUGAAGUGUUGUUUUCUAAUGGAUCAUUGUUAUUAUGAAAUAGAAAUAAGCAAUUGUAUGUUUUUGGAUGACCAUAUAGCUUGCCGCAUCAGAGAUGUAGCACCCAGUGUUUUGAUUUUUGUUUUACUAUAUAAAUUUUGUAGUAGUAAUUUAAGAAAGAAAAAAGAAAUGACAAAAAAAAUCCUGAUUUUUCCUCCAGCACAAUCAAAUUCAGUUUUGUAAAAUUUAAGUGCAUAUUUAUAGUAAAAAAAUUGUAAUAAUCUAAAUUUCGAGUGACAACUGAAAUUUGUGAUUAUAUAGGUGAAACGUAAUAUCUGUUGAUGAUUUUGUAGAAUGAAUUUGAUAGGAAGGCUAAAAUAUUUGACUUGAACACAGACACACUUUGUACUUUUCCUUUUUUUAGAAACUGUUGAUUACAACUUUUGUCACUAUUGAAUUUUGAAGAAAAAAACUUUGUUGAGCCAUUUUUUGAAAAAAAAAAGCAGAGGCGUCAUUUGUAACGUUUUAAAGUCCUUUUUGAUCAUUGUUAUUUCGGUAUUUUUUUUAAAGAAUUGUUGCCACUGCAUGCAUUUUCCUGCAUCUUUUUUUGGAAGUAGUUUGUAUAAAGGACACUUUGUUGUGUUCAUCAUCAGUGCGACAUUUGUAUAGCCAGCUGUAAAACCUCUUCUUUUUCUCCCCUCGCAUUUUGUAUGAACAGAAGGCUUGUUUAAGAUCACAUUUUCAGUAUAUGAAAGUCAUACCAAAGUUUCUAUGUUUUAAAGGCACGUAAAGGACAAACAGUGCGUUCACUUUUCAAUAAAAAAACACGGAGUUGAGUUUUUGGGCGGGACUUGUUAAUAUAAUGCAUUCCAUAUUUUUGUUUGGACAUUAUUUUUCAUUUUUUGUCUAUAAAUUAAUAGUUGAAACAAAAAAAUUGUAAGAAAGAUUUACAUCAGAGUAUAGUUUUCAUUGAUAAUCUUUUUAAACAUUUUUCUCAGCAUUUUCUAUGAAACAUCUUAAGAAAAAAAAUAAUUGUCAUAUUUUGUGUGCUUAUAAGAGUUCGUAAUAGAUCAUAAAAACGCAUGUAUAUCUUUUCAGUUACAGUGUACAGUUAUUUUUGUCUAUAUAUUUUAUUGUUUCAGGAGUUGAUAAUUUUGACAAGGAAAAAAGUGAAGCCAUUUUUCGUAUGGUAUUUUUAGGUAUUUUUGUUUUUUGUUAAUCUUCAGAACCCUUUCACAUUUUUGAGCUCUUUGUGCGAACCUUAAUAAAAAUUGGUGAACAAAGAA